AUGUUGUAUUUAGUCUAUAGCGGGUGUCCGCCAAACUUCUUCGACUGCGGAAACGACAGAUGUAUCGCUCAGUUCUGGAGAUGCGAUGGAGAAGACGAUUGCGGGAAUUGGGCGGACGAACAGUCGUGUCAUAAUCUAAAGCUUAAAUGCCAUGACGUGAACGAGUGUCAAGUAAACCAGACGCGCUGUAACGACACUCACGGCACGUGUAUUCCCGACAAAUGGCUGUGCGAUGGUAUGGAUGACUGCUCUAACGGCGCCGACGAACACAACUGUACGGCCAAUGCUGUCGAGUGUUCGGGCUUUUUAUGCCAUAACUUUGAAUGCAUUCCUUCGCGAUGGAGAUGUGAUGGCAGUUCCGACUGCGACGACAACUCCGAUGAAAACGAGUGCCCGAAGGCCAGGAAGAACGAGAUCUGUGACAGAGCGCACGGUUCUUACCAGUGUAUGACCGGUGAAUGCAUUCCUCACAGCAAAGUGUGCGAUAAGAAGAAAGACUGUCCGCAGGGCGACGACGAGGGCACUGAAUGUCGGCCAACCGGUUGUCACACAACAAACUGCGCUCACCAUUGCUUUGUGGCGCCCGAAGGGCCGCAAUGUUAUUGUCGAGAGGGCUAUGAUCUUAACUUAAGGGACAACCGGACGUGUAUUGAUAAAAAUGAGUGCUUCUCCAACAAAGUGGACAAUCUUUGCUCUCAAACCUGUGCCAACACAGAUGGUGGCUAUAAAUGCGGUUGUAUUGAUGGCUAUCGACUCGUUCGCAAUAAGACAUGUCUCGUCAAAGAAGGCGAACCUUUGCUUUUAUUUUCAAACAGUGAUGGCAUCCGAGGACUCAUGAUUAAUACCAACCAAUACUUUCCUGUUUAUAAAGCUUUGACACAAACAGUUGGAAUCGAUUACUUCGGCUCCGAAGACCGGGUAUAUUGGGUUGAUUUGGAUAAGACUCACUCCGGAGUAUAUUCUGUCAAACUUUCGGGCAAAGACUUUAAGCGCGUUAACACGACUGGUCUGAAAAAUCCUGAAGAUCUGGCCAUCGAUUGGAUGGGAGGCAACAUAUAUAUAACAGACGCCGAACUGAACAAAAUAGUUGUCUGUAAUAUCGACGGAGAAUUCUGUAAUUCUGGACUCUUUGAAGAGUUAGAUCUUCCGCGAGUUGUCUGUAAUAUCGACGGAGAAUUCUGUAAUUCUGGACUCUUUGAAGAGUUAGAUCUUCCGCGAGGUAUUGUUGUCGAGCCCUCAGAGGGACGCCUAUUCUGGAGUGAAUGGGGAAAAAGGCCGGGAAUAUACACCGCGGGAAUGGAUGGCUCUAAUAAACGGCAUCUGAUUAGCGAUGAAAUUGUUUGGNCUUCCGCGAGGCCGGGAAUAUACACCGCGGGAAUGGAUGGCUCUAAUAAACGGCAUCUGAUUAGCGAUGAAAUUGUUUGGACGAAUGGACUGGCAUUGGAUGUCGUGUCGAAUAGGCUUUACUGGUCUGAAGCUAAAUACGGAAGAAUCGAGUUCUUAGACUUGGAAACAAAUCACAGACGGGUUGUACUUCAGGACAAGAUUUUUCAUCCAUUUUCUUUGGCUGUAUUCGUUGGACAUGAGCGACAAAUUCACGGGACAUAA